UCGAAAGUGAAACAAUAACGGAAGUUUAUUUCACGGUCAACAUGGCUUCCAAGUCGCUAUUUAAUUCAAUGCUGCGACCUUCUACUAUUUCUUUGCUUUGUAGUACAAGUAACACCCUUUCCCUUCUUCCUCAAAGUUUUGCCUGUGUGCAGCAAGUACGACACCGAAGAUUUCCUAAGUUUGUUGUCCGCCCUACAACACGUAAGCCAUGGCAUGUGAGGAAAUGGACCCAAAAAAAAGAUGCUCGUUUAAUUACUAGCAAUGAACAAUUUAUUCAAGAUGUUAUCACACAAACAUAUGUCAAUGCAGAGAGCCCAUUGAAAGACGGCCCUUGGAACAGAAAUGCUUAUACAAAAGGCACUAGAAGAACUGGAGUUCUUGCCCUUAAACUUGGCCACAUUCUCCAAUGGACAAAAGAGGGCAAGAGUUUUUAUGUUACAUUACUACAGGUUUUAGACAACCAUGUGAUCAACUAUGUUCCCCCUGAGCUUUAUUCAUCCUACCCAAGUCACCAGCCACACCAUGCUCAAAGAUUUGGUCUACAGGUUGUUGGUGCCCUUAGUACUGACCCUCGACAGUUUUCAAAGCCCUAUAACAACCUAUUUGUAAAAGCUGGAGUUCCACCCAAGCGAUGGCUGACCAGAUUUUUAAUCACCCCAGAAGCUGCAGUGCAACCUGGUACACCUCUGUUUGCCAAUCACUUUAGAGUUGGAGAUUAUGUAGAUGUACAGUCUAGAACGACAGACCACGGUUUUCAAGGUGUCAUUAAGAGAUGGGGGAUGAAAGGUAUGCCUGCAACUCACGGUGUGACCAAAUCACACAGAAAAAUGGGAUCUACUGGUGGUGGUGGAGACAAGGAUGGGAUAUGGAAGGGCAAGCAUAUGCCAGGUAUGAUGGGGAACAAACUGAGAUCCUCAUAUGGUCUUAAGAUCUGGAGGAUCAACACCAAGUACAACAUUCUGUAUGUGACUGGCAGAAGUGUGGCAGGCCUCCCACACACCUUUGUGCGGGUGUGGGACACCUUGCUCCCUCUGAAGAGAAUCAGGCCUGAGAAUGCCGAGGGCCUGCCCAUGCCAACUUGGUUCCCAGACGACGCCAGCGAGCCCCUCCCUGAGGAGCUGUUUGAUGAGGAUUUGUUCCAGUUCACUGACCCCUCAAUUGACCUGGAGGCCGAGUCAUAGAUUGUAAUCAUUUUUAUUAAUUUUUGUAUAGUUAACAAACAAAUAAAUCCCUGUAUGCAUACAUU